AUGUCUAACCGCUUUAGCUCAGCAUCAUCUUACCAAACUUCAAGCUCAGGCGGCGGCUUUGGAGGGGGUUUUGGUGGUAGCUCCUAUGGAGCUGGAAGCUAUGGUGGAGGAUAUGGUGGUGGCUCAAGUGGUGGAGGAUAUGGUGGUGGCUCAAGUGGUGGAGGGUUUUCUUUCAGUGCUGGGGGUUCAGCUAACUUCGCUGGAAAUGAUAAGCAGACCAUGCAGAACCUCAAUGACCGUCUGGCUUCCUACCUAGAAAAAGUCAGGGAUCUGGAAGCAUCCAAUUCCGAGCUAGAGAUCAAAAUCCGUGACUGGUAUGAUAAGCAAGUAGGUGCUGGAGCAGGUGCAGGAGGCAAAGAUUACAGCAAGUACUUUGAUACCAUCGACGACUUGAGGGGAAAGAUCUUCGAUGCCACUCUUUUGAACUCCAAGCUUGUCCUGCAGAUUGACAAUGCCAGACUGGCUGCUGAUGACUUUAGAAUGAAGUAUGAGAACGAGCUAGCUCUCCGCCAGAGUGUCGAGAGUGACAUUAGUGGCCUCCGCAGAGCCUUGGAUGACCUGACCAUGUCCAGAGGAGAUCUGGAGAUUCAAUUUGAAAGCCUAGCAGAAGAGCUGGCUUACCUCAAGAAGAACCAUGAGGAGGAAAUGCAAAUUGCAAGAAGCAGUGCUACCGGCCAGGUCAAUGUAGAGAUGGAUGCUGCUCCAGGUAUCGAUCUCACUAAGCUUCUGAAUGACAUGAGGGCAGACUAUGAAGCUUUGGCUGACAAGAACCGCAGAGAAGCUGAGGCAUUGUUUGCAGCAAAGAGCAAAGAACUGCACCAGGAGAUCUCAGCCGGAGUGCAACAAGUGGAAACAACCAAGUCUGAACUCACUGACCUAAGACGUUCGCUCCAAGGCUUGGAAAUAGAGUUGCAGUCUCAGCUGGCAAUGAAAAAAUCUCUUGAAGACACCCUGGCUGAGACAGAUGGCCGCUAUGGUGGUCAGCUCCAGCAGCUCCAACAAGUCAUCGGUGGGCUAGAGGAGCAGCUCCAGCAGAUCAGAUCAGACAUGGAACGCCAGAGCAUGGAAUACAGGGAACUGCUCGAUAUCAAGACCAGACUGGAGAUGGAGAUUGAAACGUACCGCCGCCUGCUGGAGGGAGAACUAGAUGUGACAUCAACAGAAAAUAGGCCCCAAUAUCUUUAUUAAUGACAUUUCCUGAUCUUCAUUUCAGACCCCACCAAAACCAGAAAGGUGAAGACCAUUGUGGAGGAAGUAGUAGAUGGAAAGGUUGUGUCCUCUUCUGUGCAAGAGGUUGAAGAGAAGAUGAAUUAA